AUGUUUCUCAAAUCCAUCGACCUCACCACCGCUCUUCGGCCUUCCUAUCUGCCUGACGAGGUCCUGCUAUUUGUGCAAGACAAUGUGGGCCUAUAUGAGGGGAAGUAUAAGUUGCCGCACCAUCAAAAUGGCCAGGUGUACCUGACAUCGCACCGAAUCUGCUAUGUCGACAAAGAAGAUCCUCGAACGCACUCGGUCGCACUCGAAUUGAAAGAUGUCGACCGCUACGAGUUCUACGCUGGCUUCCUCAAGUCGUCGGCCAAGAUAACGCUCAUACCGAAACCCUUGAAGCGUUCCUCGCUCAUGGCCAGAGCGUCAGCCAUAUCCCCUGCCACCGGACGGCCAAGCUCUCAUAUCGGUCCUGGUUCAGGUUCCAACACACCUGCUUCGUCCGAUGGCCCCUACAGACCCCCCUCCGAGCAGCAGUCGGUCAGCUCUGCGACCUGGGUCUGCACCAUAUGCAGCUUCUCAAACCCAGUGCCUUCGAAUUUCGAUCCAACCACGGCCAAUAUUCAUACACCUCUGCCGCCAUGCCUCGCUUGCGGGAUCAAGCCCUCCUUGGCGCACGUGUUAAAGGCGGCCAUCUCCAACGCCACGAAUAGGUCCGCUGCAGCACCUGCGACUCCUUCCGGGCCGCUGCCUGCCGCAACGCAACCCCAACGAUCAAACUCGCGAACAGGAGAAACGGGCGCCCCCCCGCUGUGGCCAGGAUCGUCCAGCAUCGUAGGCACGCCUCCUUCACAGCAACCGAUGCAGCCAGCGUCGCUCGACCCCAGCGCCCAUUUCCAAUGCCCUCGGUCCCUCAAGGAGGCUCCUCAGCGAAUAGAGUCACCGGGGCCCGUUCUGAAGGGACCUACCGCUGGGUCUGGGUCUGACACGGCGGAGAGCGUCAAGAUAUCCUUCCGAGGGGGAGGCGAGAAGAUCUUCCACGAAAGGCUCAAAAACUCCAUCGCGCAGCGGAAAUGGCUUUUGCAAGGAGCCCCACCGGUACCGAGAAGCGGUCGAGCCUCGAGUGAAAAUGGGGCUCAUGGCCAGUCACCGUCAGGCUCAGGGCCGGAACGGAAGAAAGGAGUGGGCAUUGCCGGGCUCGAGCAGCGCGGCCUCGACAUGCGCAAGAAUAACGAGGUCAUGAUUGGCAGCGCUUUCGAGGACUUGGACGCUCUCAUGGCCUCGGCGAAGGAGAUUGUGGCGCUCGCAGAGAGGUUCGCGCGGCAGGCCAACGGGGGCAGUGGCGCGGCGGCUUCUGAGGCGAACGCGCUGCUCGCCGAGUCGGCCAGCCAGCUCGGGUUGAUCACGACGAAGGACAUAGUCAGCGGAAGCAGCAGCUCCGAGAAGCUCUACCUCUCAGAGCUGGCUCGCAAUCUGGCCGAGUUUCUGACAGACGACGCCCGUGGCGUCCUCAAGAAGGCGGGCGGGGUUUUGAGUCUGGUCGACCUGUGGGCCAUGUUCAACCGGGCCCGCGGCGGUGUCGAGCUCGUCAGCCCCAUGGAUUUUGAGAAGGCAGCCCAGAUGUGGGAGUCGCUCAAGCUCCCCGUGCGGCUGCGCACCUUCAAGAGCGGUGUCAUGGUGGUCCAGAGCAGUGACAGGACGGACGAGACGACCAUCAAGGCGCUCAAGUCAUGGCUAGCAGACCUUCACGAGUUUCCUCCCGAGCGCGAGGUGGCAUGGGACUGGCGCAUGUUCGGCCGUGGCGUCACGGCGCGCGACGCGGCCGAGCGGUUUGGCUGGAGCAUCGGCGUGGCCGAGGAAGAGCUGGAAAUGGCCGAAGAGCGUGGCGUGCUCUGUCGCGAGGAGGGUAUCGAGGGUCUCAAGUUCUGGGAGAACUUUAUCGACACGGGCGAACGUCACAAGCGGCGCGUCAAGAAGCGGACGACGGAGGAUGAUCAGGUCACACGCGCGCUCAAAGAAGCGGGCUUCAUUUGA